UAUAUUAUUGUAGGAAGAGGAGUGUUUGCCACACACCCCAUUGAACCCGGGGACUUCGUGUUGGAGUACAGGGGUAAACUCCUCACACAGGAGGAAUGCAAGUCAAGAAAAUACUCAGAGAUUGAAAGCACAUUUCUCUUUGACUUUCAGUGGCAGAAUCAUCACUUAUGCCUGGAUGCAUCUGAAGAAGAUUUAUCUCUCGGAAGAUUGGUCAAUGACAACCACCAAAAUCCAAAUUGCGUUAUGAAAAAAAUCAUAGUUGACAACAAACCACAUUUGUGCCUUUUUUCUCUGAAGAAAAUAGAAAUAGGAGAUGAAAUUGAUUACAACUAUGGUGAUUCAAAAUGGCCUUGGCGCUGUAAGGUGAGUUGGUUAGAUUAAGUAUAGAGAUUUCUUUUUUUAAAUUUUUUUGUUGCAAAAGAAAAUUUUGUAUUUCUCCAAAAUUAACCAUGUUUCCAAUAUUACUCUUGACUGUCUAUGGAAAUGCAUUUAAUCUUUGAUCUGUGAUGUGUGUUAAAAUGAGUUCUUCUUUAUCUGCAAUCCAGUUGAAAAAAAACCAAGCUCCAGCCGCAGCAGAAGAGAAUGAGACCAGCCCUGUUCCUCAGAUGCUGAAUGAUAGACCUAACCCAGAUCAGACCUGCACACAGGUGAAAGGCCUUCAGACUCCUGCUGCAGCAGAAGAGAAUGAGACCAGCCCUGUUCCUCAGAUGCUUAAUGAUAGACCUAACCCAGAUCAGACCUGCACACAGGUGAAAGGCCUUCAGACUCCUGCUGCAGCAGAAGAGAAUGAGACCAGCCCUGUUCCUCAGAUGCUUAAUGAUAGACCUAACCCAGAUCAGACCUGCACACAGGUGAAAGGCCUUCAGACUCCUGCUGCAGCAGAAGAGAAUGAGACCAGCCCUGUUCCUCAGAUGCUUAAUGAUAGACCUAACCCAGAUCAGACCUGCACACAGGUGAAAGGCCUUCAGACUCCUGCUGCAGCAGAAGAGAAUGAGACCAGCCCUGUUCCUCAGAUGCUUAAUGAUAGACCUAACCCAGAUCAGACCUGCACACAGGUAUUUACUGUCCAAGGAUUUUCACUGGUUGAUUAUCCAGAUAGUGAUGAAACUGAUGAGGAUGGUAUGGAAAACGAACCUCCCACCCCACACCUGGAUGUUAUUAUAGGGCAGAAUGAUAUUGGCCCAGAUUUUUCAGAUCAUUUGUACGAUUCAGAUGAAACUGUUGUGAAAGAAACUUGUGAUGAGGCUUCUCCAAGCAACCAUUCCAACAAUCAAUCGGAUGAUGAACUUGUUCCACCACUGAGACGCACAAAAAGCAUUCUGGAAACACUACAGGCUCCCAGAAAGCACCCUCCAAUUAGCCAAAGUAAGUAAAGUCCUCCUGGCAAUGGAACAAGGACGCCUAGGAGAUUACAAAGGAAAGAGCCUCGAUGAAAUACAAGUCGAUGUGAAUGAGACCAUUGACAUGGAGGGACCUUUAGCAGAGGACAUUGAAGAUGUCAGUAUGCUAAGAGAUGAUGGGUCAGACGAUGAGGUCAGCAUGUCAUCCACGCAAGAAUGUACCUCCACAUCACAAAGUCAAAACCAGGGAGUGUCUGCAACCGAUGUCAGUAUGCCAAGAGAAGAGGGGUCAGAAGAUGAGGUCAGCAUGUCAUCCCUGCAAGAAUGUCCAAAACCGGAGUGUGUCUGCAAAAAAGAGAGGAAAACAAACAGCCAUCAAAAGAAGCUGGACCCCAGACGAGUGUGCUGCAGUGGACACACAUUUGAGGAGAUUUAUUGUAAGGAAUCAAGUUCCUGGUAAAGAAGAGUGUCAGCGCUGUAUUACUGCAGAACCUCAAGCUCUCAGAAACAGAGACUGGAAAGCAGUUAAAUAUUAUGUUAAAAAUCGCAUUACAGCCCUGAGAAGAAAAGUCUAGUGUGAAAGCACCUAAUGGAACUGAGGUAAAACCAAAACAUUAGAGGUAGGAUCUUAAAAUGUUUUGUCUUUGGUUGUGUUCUGUUGUAACCUUGUUGUUGUUGUUGUUGUUGUUGUAGGGGUUUGCUCAGGUUUUAUGGCUGUCCAUUGGCCAACAAAUAUACACAUUUCACAGAUCUUAUUUAAUUUUUUUUAUUUGAUGGAUGUAGGAUGGAUGUUCGAGAGAUGAAUGGAUGUAGGAUAGAUGAUUGAUGUUUGAUGGAU